CCUGAAAUUCAAAGUUUUUAAAAAUUGUGUUUUCUUUUUUAAAUACAUAUUUUGCCUUAGAAUUUUGAGAAUAAAUAUACACUAUUCGAGAAAUUGGUCUCUCGAGGUAGGCAAGAAACACAUUUGUAUUAUAAAAAUAAAGAAUGCACAAUUUUUGAUCGUAUAAAAUAGUUGACCUAAAAGGAAGCUCGAAGUAGCCAUACGUUGAAUGGAAAAAUACCUACCUAAUUUUAAAAGGUUUUCGUAAGCACCAUAUCUUUGAAGCUGUUUCAAUACAUUAUUACGACAAAGGCGAAUAAAAUAAACAAAUAUGGAUAAUCAAAUGCUGCCUAGUCCCACUGGCGAUGCCAUGUUUACACCAAUCCAUCAUCCAGAAAUUGAUCAACAAAUUCUUGAACAUGCCUUUCCAACACAGAUGUCUCAGACAAAUAAUCAGCCACAGGGAAUGCCACACUUGACGCCUUAUGGAAGUUUGGCAACGGGUACAGGAAUGCAGCAAACUCCUUUGAAACCGCAUACGUAUGCCCCAUCAUACGCUCCGAGUACACCGCAGCAAAUGAUGUCGCAAGCACCGCAAAGUUUAAUGUCACCAAUGGUUCCGAUGCAAGACACCACAGCGAGCUCCAAAACCCCUAUAUCGGAUAAUCUUCCCUCGGUUCCAUCGUACAUCCCACAGACGCCUUUGAGUGUAAUGCAGCCCCAAACACCUGCAGAUUCGGGAAUUUUGCCGCAACUACAAAACAUCGUAUCGACCGUCAACCUAAAUUGCAAGUUGGAUUUAAAGAAAAUUGCGCUGCAUGCGAGAAAUGCCGAGUACAAUCCCAAGCGUUUUGCUGCGGUAAUUAUGCGCAUUCGAGAGCCUCGUACUACAGCUUUAAUAUUUUCGUCAGGUAAAAUGGUUUGCACUGGCGCAAAAAGUGAGGAGAAUUCGAGAUUGGCAGCACGAAAAUACGCGCGAAUCAUCCAAAAACUAGGAUUCACGGCCAAAUUUGUUGAUUUCAAAAUCCAAAAUAUGGUGGGUAGCUGUGACGUCCAGUUUCCAAUUCGUUUAGAAGGCCUUGUUUUUCAACACGCAAAGUUCAGUUCGUAUGAGCCUGAACUAUUUCCUGGUUUGAUAUAUCGUAUGGUCAAGCCUCGGAUUGUCCUAUUGAUUUUCGUAUCGGGAAAGGUUGUUUUGACAGGCGCCAAAGUUCGACAAGAAAUUUAUGACGCAUUCGAUAAUAUUUAUCCGAUUUUAAAAAGUUUCAAGAAACAGUAGUGAGAACUUUUUUUUAGAGAAAAAGCGAAAAGUAAUAAAUAAAUUAAGUUAUUUUAUAGA